GACAGAAGGGCGUGAAACACCACAAGGCUCAGGAUGAACGCCUUCCAUCUUCUCUUCUUCUGCUUCAUAUCAGGAACCUUGUCUUCCAACCUCUUCACAAAGCAGGAAGGAGAAAGUCUCUCCUUUGGCUGUUCGUUUCAUCCGCCUGAAGGCAGGAGAUUUUUAACAAAGAGAGAAACCAGGGAUGAAAACAUCCUCGUGGAAACCGAAGACAGCCAAGCCCAGAGUGGCAGAUACAGCAUCGACUACGACGACGAUAUCUUUUACGUGACCAUUUCACAGCUGCACAAGUCCGACUCUGGGCGCUACAGGUGCGGCGUGGGCAACUCGUCCUCACCAGAUUUGCAGCAGGAGUUCCAGCUCCAAGUCACAGAUGUGAUGUGUGAUGGGAGCCCUGCUCUCGCCAGCCCUGGGGUCACUGUUUGUAGUGCAGCUGAAGGGGCAAGUAUCCGAGUUACCUGUGCCCUUCCUUUGGCUGACCUCUACAAAUUGUUCCUCUGUAAAGAUGAGUGCAAGAUACGGGAUGUUCUAGUGGAAACCAGCACCUCAGGAGCGCAAAGAGGCAGGUUCAAGAUCGACUACAAGAGGAACGGAGUGUUUCAUGUGAUCAUCGCGAAUCUGACCACCUCUGACUCAGGACUGUAUAGGUGUGGAGUCGACGUCAUCUCUACUCCAAACCUAUGCCAGACGGUUGAGAUCAAAGUUGCAAAUGCAUCAUCUGAACCAACCUCCCCUCCCUUGGAUGUGGAUUUACACAAACCCAGUGUGCAGAGCUGCACACCCUCCACUGCUUUCCCUGCAAUCACCAGCCAGUCUGCAGAUAAAGGUCCAAAAAUUUCCCCCACGAUCACAGACCUGUUUGAGCAGCAUCAGCAAGACAUCGAAGACGCUACAUUUAAAGGUUACACUCUCCCUCUGCUCUGUCUGAUGGGGCUGGCACUGCUAGUGGUUGUGCUGGCGCUGCUAAUCUACUACAAGAGGAGAAACAGAAACGGACUGGACGUUAAAACAUCCACCAGAGGUGAAAACAUGGAGUUGGAAACGUACUGAGCACUCCUUUCCAGAAAUAUCAGGGUCAGAAUCGUCUUGGUAACAGGAGGCAGAAACGCCAGCAGGCUACAGGAUCCCACAAUUGCUUCCUGUUGCAGCGUUGAUGUUUGUCACAUUACCUCAAGUUUAGCUUAUUAUACCUGCCACAAGCUUUAAAAAAACAUGAGACCCAGUUUCUUUUUUCUUAAAUGUGCUUUUCAUUGCUCAUUCUUUGUCAUAUCUGACAAUUACUGUAAAGCACAAUUGUUUCCAUUGAUCUGUAUUUACUUCUUUAUUGUUUGUGAUUUAUGACAGUUCUCUCCUUCUCGCCCUGGAGGAUGCAAUUUUCAUGAUCUCUCAGAGAGAAUGUCAUUUUGUUUUUUUUACAUUAUUUCACAGAGUGGGGCUGUUUAUUACUACUGGAGUUCAUCUCUCUGUGAUCAUCUCUUUACGUAAUCAAUGAUGUGAUCAACACAUUUUCUUACCCAUUUUAUUUCCUUUUAAAAUUAAACAAUUUCCAGUCUUUUUUUUGUUACAUUAAUAAACAUUUUUCAAGAAUCAAAA